GCGGCGGGAAGGGCGUGAGGAGGCGGCGACGGAAGGGGAUGGGCAGGUCGGCGGCGCGGAGCUGAGGGCUGCAGGGCGGCCCUUCCUCCCUCUCUCUCUUCUCCUCCGCCACCGCCUCCCCAUGCUGGCCCUGUGCGCGGGUGCGGCUCGCAGGUCUGUUGGGCCACAGCUUGUGUUGAGAAUGACAUUAGGAGCAGAAAUUACUAGCCAGCUCAAGGCUUCUUCAUCCAUAGCAUCAGGCCGAAACCUUCUGAGAUGGGACCUGUCACCAGAGCAAAUUAGAACAAGAACAGAUGAACUAAUCAGGAAGACAAAGCAUGUAUAUGACAGUGUUGGGACACUUGAUUUUGGAGAAGUAACACAUGAAAACACUGUACAGGCCCUGGCAGAUAUAGAAGUGGAAUAUGCAGUGGAAAGAAGCAUGUUGGAUUUUCCCCAGCAUGUCUCACCUGACAAAGAGGUACGCUUAGCAAGUACAGAAGCUGACAAAAAGCUUUCUAAUUUUGAUGUGGAGAUGAGCAUGAGAGAAGAUGUGUUUCAGAAGAUUGCUUAUUUGCAGCAUAAAGAUCUUCAUGAAGCUGCAGAAUUUCAGGGUGUAUUCUUUGCCAGAAGCAGAGCAGGAAGCCGGAGUGUCACAGGGAGUCGGCAAACCUGCAAUCUUCAAAAUAUAAAGCCUGAAACAAAGCGAUACCUAGAGAAAUCAGUGCAAGUGGGGAAAAGAAACGGACUCCAUCUUCCUAAAGAAGUGCAGAAUGAAAUCAAGACAAUGAAGAAAAAAUUGAGUGAGCUGUGUAUAGACUUCAACAAAAACCUGAAUGAGGAAAACACAUUUCUUGUAUUUUCUAAGGAAGAACUUGAAGGCCUUCCUGAUGACUUUAUUAAGAGUUUAGAGAAGACUGAGGAAGACAAAUAUAAAAUUACUUUAAAAUAUCCCCACUAUUUUCCUGUCAUGAAGAGGUGCUGCAUUUCAGAAACCAGGAGAAAAAUGGAAUAUGCCUUUAACUCAAGAUGCAAAGAGGAAAACACAAAAAUUCUUCAGCAAUUGCUUCCACUAAGGGCAAAAGUGGCAGAGCUUCUUGGUUAUAAUACACAUGCCAACUUUGUCCUGGAGGUAAACACUGCAAAGAGCACAGAUAACGUAACAGCCUUCUUAGAUGAUUUGAGUAAAAAGCUAAAGCCAUUGGUUAAGAAGGAAAGAGAAUUCAUUCUAAAUUUGAAGAAGGAGGAGUGUGAAGAAAGAAACUUUGAUUAUGAUGGAAGAAUCAAUGCAUGGGAUCUUCAUUAUUAUAUGAACAAAACAGAAGAGCUCAAGUACUCCAUAGAUCAAGAAAAGCUGAAGGAAUACUUCCCAAUUGAGGCUGUUACAGAAGGCUUGCUGAAUAUUUACCAGAAGCUGCUGGGACUUGUAUUUGAGCAAGUAGAAAGUGCUCCUGUUUGGCAUGACAGUGUUACUCUUUAUACGGUAAAAGAUAAUUCAACAGGAGAAAUGUUAGGGGAGUUCUAUUUGGACCUUUACCCCAGAGAGGGAAAGUAUGGGCAUGCAGCAUGCUUUGGUCUCCAACCCGGCUGUCUUCUCUCUGAUGGCAGCAGAAUGAUGUCUGUAGCUGCUCUGGUAACCAACUUCACAAAACCAGCAUUAGAUCGCCCAUCAUUGCUGCGACAUGAUGAAGUAAAGACUUACUUCCAUGAAUUUGGUCAUGUAAUGCAUCAGAUAUGUGCACAGACUGAUUUUGCUAGGUUUAGUGGAACUAAUGUGGAAACAGACUUUGUAGAGGUGCCAUCACAAAUGUUUGAGAAUUGGGUGUGGGAAAAAGAAUCACUACAGCAAAUGUCAAGACAUUAUAAAGAUGAGAGCCAUGUUGGAGACACUCUCCUUGAGAAACUUGCUGCCUCUAGACUGGCUAAUACAGGCCUUUUAACCCUCCGUCAGAUUGUUUUGAGCAAAGUUGACCAGGCAUUGCAUACAAAGCUAUCUGUUGACCCAGCAGAUGAAUAUGCUAAAUACUGUGUGGAGAUUCUGGGAAUUCCUGCCACCCCAGGAACAAACAUGCCAGCUACUUUUGGUCAUCUGGCAGGUGGUUACGAUGGUCAGUACUAUGGAUACCUGUGGAGUGAAGUGUUUUCCAUGGACAUUUUUUAUAGCUGCUUUAAGCAAGAAGGAAUAAUGAAUCCAAAGGCUGGGAUGAAAUACAGAAACCUCAUUUUGAAACCUGGAGGAUCUUUGGAUGGGAUGGAUAUGCUACAAAAUUUCUUGGAGCGUAAACCAAGCCAGAGAGCUUUCCUAUUGACCAGUUACAGUUUUAAACCCCACUUCUGCUGGGUCGUGAAAAGGCAAUACACGACAAUCACAUAUAUGAGAACAUCUUGAAUGGUAUUCAGAACAGCCAUGAAGGAAAGCUGAGGAAACAGAUGGAUGCAAGAUUAUCCUAAAAUGUAUGAAUUUUGCCUGGAUUAAUUUCCCUUAUAUUCUGACUGGGUUUGGAAGUAUUUUGCUUUCUUUUUAAAUGGAUUCUUGUGAUUCUUGUGAUUCUAUCUUGUCAAAGGUUUUUUCCUUUCAAAAUGUAAUGAUAGCUUCAAUGAUCUAAGAUGUUGUGAAAAAUAUACUAAGUGCUACUUUCCAAAAAUGAAGCUGCAAAUAUAAGCAAUGAAACCUUCA